AACAUGCAUUAGAAACUCCCCUUUACGUCUCUAUCGGCGGCCUACAAGGGUUGAAAAUCUCUGGAGGAGCCACAUUUAGUCAGCGGCAUUUCGAUCGUGUGUGAAGAUAUCGAGCAGUCAUGGGCGUGGAUGUCGAAGUUAUUUCAUCCGGGGACGGUCAGACUUUCCCAAAGACCGGACAAACCGUGGUUGUUCAUUAUACAGGUACGCUGACAAAUGGAAAGAAAUUUGACUCAAGUCGAGACCACGGUGCACCCUUUAAGUUCAAGAUUGGCAAGGGUGAAGUUAUCAAGGGAUGGGAUCAGGGAGUUGCUCAGAUGUCUGUCGGUCAGCGUGCUCGCUUGACCUGCUCGCCGGAUUUCGCAUACGGCAGCCGAGGCCACCCUGGCGUUAUUCCGCCAAACGCAACACUCAUCUUCGACGUGGAGCUCCUCAAGGUCCAGCCUUGAACGUUCUUCCAUGGGUAAAAUGCCAAACUGAUCAAAAUGGAAGAACUAAUUGCCGUGAAAAACAAACAUCAUAAAGAAUUUGCCACCCCUUUUUCUUAAAUUAAUUCAUCCACAAUGGCACAAUGUACACUUUAUUCAAUCGCUCAAUUGGUCUGGAUGGCAUUGACGAAUCGCUGAAUGGAAUUGAGAACAACUGAAAGGUCUCCGAGGAUAAAACUCCAACACGGAAUUGGAACGACCAAUACAAUUUCAUAAUAACAAUUCAUACCAAACUUUGCAAUUUUCAAUAAAAAUAUUCAACGAUCCGAUGCUCCUGCUCUCAUAAUUCGUUUGAAUAGAAAUGACUUGGAAUUCAUCGAGCGAUAAAUCUGCAUUUAUAAAUAUGUAUCUAUUGUACACCGUGUUACUAUCCGAUUUGAUGAUUGUGAAAAAGUUUUUUUUUCUUAUUUUAUAUCGAGCGAUUGAAUUAAAGAAUUAUUGAACCAUA